GGAUAUAUGAUCAUUUUCAAGCAAAAAGUAACCAUUUUUUAAAAUUUCUUACAUUUUCUGGAAGGAAUUCAUUCCACACCUUUGAUCUUUUACAGGAUUUUAACUACUCCAGGUUAGCUUUAUUCAGACCUGAAACAGGAAAGCCCAGAGCAUCCAGCCAAAGAUCAGUAAGAAGUCUGAGGCUACAGGACACACCUCGCGGUUACAGUAAGAAGAGGGAAAGAAAAAAAACUAAACUGGAAUGCAGUUGUUGUUCCAAAUAACAACAGCAAUGGGUAACGAUUUAGGAGUGCUUCAGAGUUGACCAAGAGGAAAUUCAGAUUAUGCAACGACCCGAUCUCGUUGGUACAGUCUCCGGGAGGGACACUCCCACAGAGGAGAGCAUAAAAGAAUACGGAGCAGUCAGGGCUGAUCAUCUGCACUGUGCCCGUGAGGAGAGAACAGGCCUCAACUCUUCCCAGAUGGGACCAUGACCUCCAGUUAUGGCUCUUUCCAGGCCCCUUCCGCAUGUGGCUGGGCCCGGCCCGGGAAGAUCUGGAGGGCCCCCAGCGUCCACGGAGGAGCCGGCGGGAUCCGCAUCUCCGUAUCCUCUGCCAGACCAUUCUGCGGGACCUCUUGGGAGAGGGGAUAUGGAGGCGGCUUUGGAUGGGGUGGUGAGAAGAGAGGCCUUCUGGGCGGAAAUGGCAAAGAGACCAUGCAGAAUCUGAAUAAGCGCCUGGCGGCUUAUCUGGAGACGGUCCGUUCCCUGGAGGCGGCCAAUACUAAACUGGAGAGCCGGAUCUUAGAGUGGCAUAAGAAGAGAGACCCUGACAAGAAGCUAAACUAUACCCCUUAUGAAGAAAACAUCAGCAGUCUGCAAGAACAGAUCAUGGAUGGCAAGCUUACCAAUGCCAAGAUUAUCCUUCAGAUUGACAAUGCCAGAAUGGCAGUAGAUGACUUCGGUUUCAAGUAUGAGAAUGAGCUCUUCUUCACAAAAGACAUGGAAGUUGAAGUUGAGGCACUGCGUAAGAUCCUAGAUGGUCUGACCAUUACCACCACAGAUCUGGAAAUGGAGGUUGAAGGUAUGAGGGAGGAACUCAUCCUCAUGAAGAAGAAACAUGAACAGGAAAUAGAGACCCAUUCCAUGCCAAAUGACUUCAAAGUCAACGUAAAGGUGAAUGCAACUGCUGGGGAAGAUCUUGUUAAGAUCUUAGAGGAUAUGAGGAAGGAAUAUGAGGUCAUCAUUACGAAAAGAAGCAAAGAUUUGGACACCUGGUACAAAGAAAAGUCAGCCUCCGUUUCCCAGGGCACGGGCAUAGAAGUUGUGACGACCAAUAAAAGUGACAUCAAUGAGCUAAGGCGGACUUUCCAGGCCCUGGAGAUUGACCUGCAAGCCCAGAGAAGCACAAAGAGUGCCUUGGAAGCAAUGCUGGCUGAGACUAAAUGUCGCAACUCCUGCCAACUUCAGAACAUGCAACAGGUCAUCUCCCACUAUGAGACACAACUGGCACAGCUGCGCCAUGACCUAGAACGGCAGAAUAAUGAGUAUAAGAUCCUUCUGGGUAUCAAAACACACCUGGAGAAGGAGAUUGCCACAUACCAUCAGCUCAUGGAGGGAGAGGAUAAUGGGGGGAUGGAUGAUUCUAAAUCAACUAGGAAAGAGUCCACUAAAUCUGCUGCACCAAAGAUCAAGGCUAUCAUGCAGGACAGUGUGAAUGGGAGAGUGGUCCUUUCCCAAGAGAGCGAGAUCCAGUAGAGCAUAUGAAGCAAAGAAACCUUCCUGACAAACAGGAAAUACGAUGCUGCUUUUCCUGCCCUGCCUGGGUAGGAACACUUCUGGGUGUGUUCUACGUGGUGGAUUGGGAGCUAUAAAUUUAUCAACCCGAAGUCUUGUUCUUCAAGCCCUGACUGACAUCCCAGAGAGUUUUCCCAAGCUCCUCCUCUGCCCCCCAUCUCUCCACUGCAUUGUAACAUU